AUGCUUGGCCGCCUCGUUCCGUUUGCAGUGAUCGCACUGUGCGAUGCAUACAAGCGCGAAGCGACUUCUCUCACGGGGCAGGAGUUUGCUGGGAUGAACUUCAAGGACAAAGCUGACUCAUUGCGCCAGGCGAGCCCUCGGUAUGGCAAGCUCGAAAUGAUGGGAGAGUGUUGCAGCGCUCCAGGUGAAGCGGAGCAGGUGGAGAACGACGUCAACACUAACUCGGUCUACGGCUCGAAGGCUGAGAUCUCGGAGGAGGUUUUCAAGUACACUUCCUGCCGCAACAUGGGGGAACACGAGAGAUCCAGUCAGGCCAAUCCUGCAUGCUCCUAUUUCAUGGUCUUUGAGAACACUGCUCAUGCUGACCACGGCUAUGCCGCAAAUUGCGUGCCUGCCCAAAUGUGCAUGGACAACGUCGUGGGCAUGACGCAGGGCAAGAUCGCGACAUACGGCGUCGUUGAGCGGAUUUUGCAGCAGAACCUGGGAAGUGUGGCGUAUAUCGGCAAAGGGCCCCUGGGCAAGUGCCUGGAAGGCAUGACGAGGGUCAACGAAGGCGACCUCAAGGGCCUGCUCAAGGAGGAGCGUGCCGUCAAGCUCGGCAGCAUGAAUAUUAUCGCAGACAUUGCCACCGGAGGAAAGGCAGCUGCCACGAAGGAGGCUCUCACCUUCGACGGAAUGGAGAAAAUCCCAGCCGUGAAGUCCUUCAACAAAUGCGUUAACGAUGCCAGCGUGGGCUACCUCUUCGUGUUCAAGAACGAAUACUGGAGCGGUGGCAAGAGCGACGUGGACCUCGGGGCCUUCUCGAAGUAUAAGGACGAGCAGACGAAGAUCAAGCAGCAGAAGAAGAAGGCGGCCGAAGAGGCACAGGCGGCCGCGGCGAAGGUGUCCCAGCGCCGUCUCUCUGAGCAGGAAGUGCUUGUAUGA